AUGUCUACUGGCGACUUCCUUAACAAGGGCAUUGAACUUGUCCAAAAGGCCAUCGAAGCUGAUAACGCCACGCGAUACGAAGACGCUUACGGCCUCUACUACAACGGGCUGGACUACCUCAUGCUGGCCAUCAAGUACGAGAAGAACCCGAGAUCAAAAGAGCUCAUAAGAACAAAGUUCACGGAGUACCUGUCGAGAGCCGAGCAGUUGAAGGAUCAUUUGGACAAAAAGGAGAAGCAGGCCGCUGAGGCUUCCACGACUGGUGGCAAUACAAAGAAGAAGGACGGUGGUGGCGAGGAUGACGACGAUGCUGAGACAAAGAAGCUGAGAGGUGCGCUUGCUGGUGCCAUCUUAUCAGAGAAGCCAAACGUCAAGUGGGAGGACAUUGCAGGCUUGGACCUGGCUAAGGAGGCGUUGAAGGAAGCUGUCAUAUUGCCGGUUAGAUUCCCUCAUCUAUUCACCGGUAAGCGUAAGCCACUCUCUGGUAUCUUGCUGUAUGGACCUCCAGGUACCGGUAAGUCGUAUCUUGCAAAAGCCGUGGCCACUGAGGCAAACUCCACGUUCUUCUCCGUGAGCUCCUCAGAUCUGGUUAGUAAAUGGAUGGGUGAGUCUGAGAGAUUGGUCAAACAGCUCUUCAACAUGGCUAGGGAGAACAAGCCUUCGAUCAUCUUCAUAGAUGAGGUGGAUGCCCUUUGUGGGCCAAGAGGUGAGGGUGAAAGUGAAGCUUCUAGACGUAUCAAGACUGAAUUGCUCGUUCAGAUGAACGGUGUUGGUAACGAUUCCAGCGGUGUCUUGGUGCUAGGUGCUACAAAUAUUCCAUGGCAACUGGAUGCUGCAAUUAGACGUCGUUUUGAAAAGAGAAUCUACAUCCCAUUACCUGAACAACAGGCAAGGUCAAAGAUGUUCCAGCUGAACAUUGGUGAUACACCGUGCUCUUUGACUCAAAGAGAUUUCAAACUGUUGGGAGAGAUGACUGAGGGCUAUUCAGGUGCCGAUAUCUCUGUUGUAGUCAAAGAUGCCUUGAUGCAACCGAUUAGAAAGAUCCAGAGUGCCACUCAUUUCAAAAGAGUCGAUGGCAAUAAGCUGACGCCGUGCUCCCCUGGUGAUGCUGAAGCUGUCGAGAUGAACUGGAUGCAGAUAGAGGCGGAUGAGUUGAAGGAACCAGAGCUGACGAUAAAGGACUUUAUAAAGGCUAUAAAGACCUCGAGACCAACCGUUAAUGAGGAGGAUUUGAAGAAGCAGGAAGAUUUCACCCGUGAUUUCGGUCAAGAGGGUAAUUAG